AUGAAGAUCCAGCAUGCAGUUCGCUCCGGUGCUCGCUUCAUGACUCCGCUACACCGUGGAGCGCAAUCCCCCAUGGAGGAACCGGACGUCCAGUUGGAAAACUUCUCAAAGGAGAUUGGGCCCUGCAGCUGGCAUUAUUUUCGGCAUUUCUCGCUUCGCUUUGGCAAUAGACUUCCUUUCGUAGAUCUUCCUUCCAAAGAGAACUUCCCGCUGGAGCAGCAGAAGCAGGUGCCGUCUUUUCAACUACGUGAUAUGCAGUCUUCCGAUGAGGAGUCGGGUGACAGCUCUGCGGAUGAAGGUCCAUCGCUGGGUCCUGCGGAUGAGUUUCUUUUCGGGCGGUUUGGUCUGCCGGGCUUGAUGUUUGCCGAUGAAUAUGCGUACUUCUGCUCGGGCCUUUCGGAAGCCCUCAUCAAGGUGGCAACAGAUGCGGGGUGGACUUUGUCCACGUUCCGCCAUGCGGCUGAUUCCCCAGCUGACCUUGAGAAAGCGAUUCCAGAAAUCUUUGGUUCUUCGGAGCUUUCCCGUCUUCAGAUUGCGCAGAUUCGUGCAGCGUGGGCUGGAUUGUCAAGCAGUGCAUCUUCGGCCCCUCCUUCAGCUCCAACCACCACGUCGGAAGGUAGCUCUUGGGUAGAAACCUUUGCCCCAAAAAUCACAGCUUCUACGCUUACGGAGUACAAGAAAACCUUUCUUGCUGCGUACACGAGCGAGAUUUUGUCUCCAUCCACAAUGCCCUCGCUUCGCUUGGUAUCUCUAGCUGCUCGUCAAGAAAGUAAGAAAGACUACAAGUGGAUCCCCUGGAAGCAUCGCAUGUCAGAGGAAAAAGCAGCUGAGCUCCAGCUUAGCAGGCCAACCAAGCAACCACGCUUGGAAGCUCUCGGGCUCUCUAGCUUGCUUCUUGAUGAACCUCCCACGCUGGAGGUGGGCGAUAGCUAUAUGGACGUGAGUGCAGUUCAGCGGAUUUUGGCAAUUCACGACAUUGCUCUGGCCAUGGUUGGCUCUUCUCAUUUAGCUCGCCUCAAGGGCUACAGCAGCAAGUUCAUGCAUCUUUUGUCGCAGCGGUACGAAGCCUCAUCAGGUCUCAGGCCCCCUACAGUUCUGGAGGCCCAGCAAGCGGAUUGCAAGCUUUGGCAGGGAAUCUACGCUCUUGUUCUUGAGAAGGAUUGGAGCUUAAACGAUGCCAUAUUUGAAUACACCGAGGUGCGAGGAGAUAUGUGCAAUCUGCUUCAGGCCCGUGCUAGGCCUCUUCCUUCUCCGCGCUUCAAUGAAAAAGGCUUCAAAGGCAAAGGGCUCGGUCGGUUCAUGUCUGAGCACUGGAAAGGCCAAGGCUAUGAUGGCAAAGGUAAAAGCCCGGGGAAGGAUAAAGGCGCUAAAGGCAAAACCUCCGGCAAAGGUAGUUCUGGCUCGUGGGUGAAGAAUGUUCUGGUCAACGGUGAGCUGCGCCGCGGUCACCUGGUCACGACAAGGCUCUGGGGAAAGGGGUUGGAAGGCUGGAAGGCUGGCGGGGCUGGAAGGCUGGAAGGAGGGGGGGCUGGAAGGCUGGAGGGGCUGAAACUGGAAGGCUGGAAGGCUGCUGGAAGGCUGGAAGGUUGGAAGGCUGGAGGGCUGAAGGGCUGGGAAGAGGGCUGGAAAGGCGAAGGUUGGAGUCGUCCCUCGGCUGCACUCGCUGCCCUAGCAAAUAUCCCUCAGCGUUUUUUCUUGGACAUUUGCUCCGGUGUGACCAAACCGCUUUCAAGUGCUGUGGAAGCUUCUGGUUUCGCUACGCUCUCAAUUGACAUUCUUUUGGAUCCUGCAUUGGAUUUGCUUCGGGAUGACUUCUUUGAGCAGCUUUUGUUCAUCUGCGGUUCAGGCGCUGUCGGUUACUGCGCUGCUUCUCCUAGCUGCUCGCACUACUCGCGCUUGAAGCUGUCAGGUGGCCCACCAUUUCCGAUUCGUACACCAGAAUAUUUGGACGGUGUACCUGGCUUGGGUCCUUCAGAUCUUGCCAAACUUCAGGAGAGCAAGGAAAUCCUAUCUCGAACCUUGCUUACAGUCCUGGCUUCACGAAUGCUCAGCCUCUCUUAUCUGGGUGGCAGCUUGUGGGGCUAUGGCCUUCCCUGGGCAAAAACAUGGUUGUUCGCUUCCAGCUAUGCCCCCCUGCGCAACAUGGGCUGUGUCUGCGAGCAUGGGCGAGAUGCGCAUCCUGUUAUGCGCGGUCUCGAUGGUUCCGGCUUGUUUAAAAGUAGAAAAACAGCACAGUAUCCAGAAGCACUUGCUACAACUUUUGCAGCCCAGAUACGCGGGCUCCUGGAAAAAUCAGGCCCCCCAUUGUCUGUGCAAGAGGCCCUCACAUUGGUUCCGCGUAAACCCAUGGAUCAGUUGCCAUGGGCAGUCCACGAUGGGGCAGGUCGCCACUCCCAUGCUGAUUGGCGUGCACCCUGCACUCCUGACUUUCUGCGUAAUCUGCGAUCCUUCUUGCUUCAGGUUACUGCAUCCAUGUGCGGGCCAGCCCGCCUUCUUCAGCGCCGCAAUGAGCCCAGCAAAGAACCUCUUUUCUCGGCUUCGGAAGUUGCUUUGGCUAGGGAAGGUUUUUUCUCGGCACUGGGCAUUGCAGCCCCAGCAAAUGCGUGGUCGCAGCGUGCACAUCAGCCUCUUUGCUUGCAUGCCUUAGAGGCUGUGGCUCAGGUGAGUUUAGACCCAGAUACCACUUUGUUCCCAGCCCUGAAAGCCGGUGUUCAGACGGGGUUCCAGGCGGACAUACCGCCCUCAAAUUGCUUUUGGCCCAACAUUCGGGAAUCCCUUGAUGAUGUGCCACUUUCGAUUCACUUGCAAAAUUGGCGUUCGGCUACAGUGGAACCUGCGGUUGCUCGCAGGCUGCUUCAGGAAGAACUUGAUCAAGGGUUUUGCUUCAAGUUUGAGGGUUCGCUGGCUGAUGCUCAGCAACGCUGGCCACUAGGAGAACCGGAUGGCUCAAAUGCCCUCUACUUCUAUCGUACUUGCCCGUUCGGAGCAACCUUCGCCCAGCACUGGUGGGGGAGACUGGGCUCAUGCAUCCUGCGCAUCCUUCGCAUUCUCAUCUACAUUGCACAUACGGGUCGUUUGUGGACGAUUACCUCUUCUCUCAGGAGCUAUCUAUUCUUCCAGCAACAGAUCAUGGGAGUGCCCCUUUCAUGGCACAAACUCCAGAUUUCAGUUCGGGUCACUUGGAUAGGCUGGGAUUUCCAGUAUUCUGCGGGUAUCGUGUUGCUUAAAGAAUCAAAGCGCUUGAAACUUUUGGGCAUGGUUCAGGACCUGCGCAAAAAUCCUCGCUUGACCAAAAAAGAUUUGGAACGCUUUAUUGGCCUGGCACUUUGGGCUACAAGCCUCUUCCCAGUCAUGAAGAGCAUGCUGCAUACCUUUUAUCACGACCUCUACAGUCCGGCUGCCACGAACUACAGCAUUCCGCCAGAGCCCUGGCAUGAACUUCCCAGAUACUUGACGCCAGAUUUGCAUUUCACCGUGACGCCGCCAGGUACGGGGAUACCGCUCAACUCCAAACUUCUUUCGGCACGUCACCAAGACUUGCACUCGCUUCAGGAUCUUGAUAAAGUUCGUGUUUCGGAUCGUAGGGUUUGGCUUAGGGUUUCGAGUGAAAACAGCAAGAAGCGAAAAUUGAGCCUUAACUCGCUGCGCAUUCUUGGCAUCUUCGAGCAUUGGCUUUUGCAUAUGUCACCGUUCCGCUCGAUGCGACAGCCUGCCACUCCGCUUUUUGAUGCACGUGCAAAUGUGAGCGCCCGGGGUUCUCAUUGCUGCAUAGGUGGCUAUGUACGCCACCCCUCCUUAGGUCACCGUUGGUUCCAGCAAACCUUUGCGCACGCUGACUUCUUGGCUUUGGGCAUUGGGGUUCAAGCUGAUAUGGCAAGGGGGAUUUCGUGUUAUGAAGCUCUCGCACAGGCAGCGCUGAUACUCGCGGCAUCUGCCUUGCUUCCAUGCAGUUGCGUCCCAAUUACUCUCAGAGCUCUUUCAGAUAACACGGGUGCGGAAUCAGGCCUUAACAAUUCCUUGACAACAAGUCAGCCGUUGUGCUUUUUCUUGGAGCGGAUCUCACUUCUUGCAGCAGUGCAUAGAAUCACUCCUGACGUCUCUCAUAUACCAGGUGAGGACAAUGAUAAAGCCGAUGCGCUAUCUAGACCGCAAGAGCACUCCUUGCCUCCAGACUGUUUUCAGCAUGAGCGCAUUUCCGCUACGCUUCAGGAUCUUUGGCUUCCGCGGCCAAUGAUCAGUGUGUCACCCUCUUCAGUGCAGCUUCCGUGGCAAAUUCGUUCCCGUGGAGUGCCCACCAACCUCACAUAG